UCCGCCUGUGUCGCGCCGGGGCCCCGAGGAGCCGUUGGGGGGGGGUCCGGGCCGAGGCCCGCUCGUGUGGAGGUCGCCGCCGCCGCCGCCGCCCGCCCGCCCGUCCGUCUGUCCUCCCUCCCGGCCGCCAUCAUGCUGGCGCUCAUCUCCCGCCUGCUGGACUGGUUCCGCUCGCUCUUCUGGAAGGAGGAGAUGGAGCUGACGCUCGUGGGGCUGCAGUACUCGGGCAAGACCACCUUCGUCAAUGUCAUCGCGUCAGGUCAGUUCAGUGAAGAUAUGAUACCUACAGUGGGCUUCAACAUGAGAAAAGUAACUAAAGGUAACGUCACAAUAAAGAUUUGGGACAUAGGAGGACAACCCCGCUUCCGGAGCAUGUGGGAACGGUACUGCAGAGGAGUCAACGCUAUUGUUUACAUGAUAGAUGCUGCAGAUCGUGAAAAGAUAGAAGCCUCUCGAAAUGAACUACAUAAUCUUCUAGAUAAACCGCAGUUACAAGGAAUUCCAGUGCUAGUACUUGGAAACAAGAGAGAUCUUCCUAAUGCAUUGGAUGAGAAACAGCUAAUUGAAAAAAUGAAUCUGUCUGCUAUUCAGGAUAGAGAAAUUUGCUGCUAUUCAAUUUCUUGCAAAGAAAAGGAUAAUAUAGAUAUCACACUUCAGUGGCUUAUUCAACAUUCAAAAUCUAGAAGAAGCUGAAGCAUCUCCUGAAGUCUUCCAGUCCUUCCUGGCUCUAAUCCUAGAAUUAUUGUCCGUUCCUCUGAAGUACUUCCCAGAAUACGGUCCUUCCUAAACCCAAGAAAUUGCCUUUUUCAGAGUUUAUUUCUCAUGUGCACUGCUGAAGAUGUAUAUCCCUAAUCCUUCAUAAAGAAUCAGCUAGAGUUGUCAUGAUAAAGUCAACACACACAAAAAGACUUCCUAUAUACUUGUCUUUAACAGUGUGUAGAGCUUUUUUUUUUUUUUAAAAAAAAACAAACACACUUUUGACCAUCUUAAAUCAAGAAAAAUUGCAUACUUCUGUUCUGGUCUUUCUGGGCCAGGUUUUUCUAUUCGUUUUCAGUAAAUGUCUAUCUAUGAUAUUUCAUUAUAGAGUCCAGUAGCUUAAUACUGAUACUGACUUGAUACAGCAUGAUGUUUCUAGUGCCACACACAGUAUUUAGCAAACCUUUAGCUUGACUCAUGUGGGAUAGAAACAUAAUGUUUAUAUAUCUCACAAAUGCAUGUGAAACGUAUAAUUACACCUUAGGAAUUUUUAAAAAUGGUCUGCAAAGAGUGAGCAGAGGCACCAGAUCAAUGUUGUUAUUGGUUCUUUACACUGGGAAGAUCUUAGGCAAUGAAUUUUAAACACAUUCUGCUCUGUGAGAAUUCUUCAUCUCCAGAAAGCAGUUGGGGGUACGGGAGGAACUGAGGCAUGCUGUUUUGUAUCUGUCCAGAUCAUUACUUAUGUAUUUUUUCUCCUUUUUUUUCUCCUGGUUCAACACACUUUUUUAAGGGGUUGGGAAUUGAAGAUUUUCUCAAAAGCUUUCAUGAAUUUAGAGCAUUCCAGCCAAUAUAAUAAAACGUGUUAAGAAUGUCAGACUGUUCACACACCUGUUUGUUCUUUCUCUGUCCAGUUAUUAAACCAGUGUUGCUGCAUGACA